GCCGCCUCUGUUGGGCGUAUCCUAUCAUUCUUUUGAGACGCUGCCAGGCCAUUCUGGCGCUCCUAUGUUGACAAACGAUGGGAGGGCGCUUGUGGGAUUCCGCGCCGGCCUAUGGACCCAUGACAGGAGUGAUCAAGAACACCGGCCGGUCGCCAUCAAUGCUCGUCAGUUGUUCAAUUUCACGAUGGCGAGAAAACUCAUCAAGGGAAAGAAAGGGCAGUGUCCCCCUGGCGGCAUCAUUGACAUGACAUCCCUUGUUGAUUCCGAGGAUCUUAUCGUGGAGGAGAGAUAUCAGCCCUGCUCAAGUGAUGAUCCGUCUGACUAUACCUGGCAGAGAGGCGAGGAUUUCUAUGAGACAUCUGACAUUGAUGAACCAAUUGAUGAUGAUCAUGUCGACGGUGAUUGGAUUGACGAGAUGAUUGAGCAGCAAGAGCAAGAUGAUUGGGAUCACACCCAAGAUUAUCUUGAAACCAUUACAGCCAGCAAUCGAAGUCAAUGAACUGCACUGGGGGGAUGUGCUGAGUUUCCGAUUUCCGUGGGGAAAGGAGUUCGCAUGGAAGGGUUUUUCUGUGGUGGCGCUGGUGAUCACCGCUGACGUCGCUUCGAAGGAACACCGCAUGACUUGCCUCGACCGACUCGCCCACGGGCGAACACGGCGAACGAACUCGACCUCUGAUCGAAGCUGGUCGGCGCUGGCCCCCCCACAUUCGUCCAGUCAUGUCACCCAUGGUUACGCAGCCGGGAGAAGGGCCUCCUGCCCUUUCCCAUAGGGUCCAGGUACCUCCGGCCCCAGCUCGAUCUGGUUCGACCCUUCUUUGGCCACUGUUCCAAG